UUUGAUUUAUCUCCAAGACUUCAUUUAUGUUCUCUUCCAAUGGAGUUAUUUGCUGAACUAUUACAUUAUUUACCAUUAACCUCACUUGGUUCAUUAAUGUUAUGCAAUCAUCAACUACAUGAUCGUAUACGUGAUUGUAAUACAAUUUGGCGUAUUCAAUUAAUGCGAUUAAAUGCCAGAAGCUAUCAAACACCUAACCGCCGCCAACAAUCAUCACCAUCAUUGUCAUCUUCAGUUGAUCAAGCUCAACUGAUGAAAACAUCCUUAUCACCAACGCAUCAAUCGCACACUACUUUAUUACAUGAAAACCAACAGAAUAUCAAUAAGCAAACGGAAUUCACAACCGUCACUGCUGAUGAUAAUGAGGAUAACGAUGAUGAUGAUGAUGUUAUCAAUGGGGAUGAAAUUGAUUUGAAUGAUAGAA